AUGGGGGAGGGUGACGAGAGGGUGGAAAGUCAUACUGGGGAGUGUGGGGAGGGAAGGGAGAGGGUGGAAACUCACAGUGGGGAGUGUGGGGAGGGAAGGGAGAGGGUGGAAACUCACAGUGGGGAGUGUGAGGAGGGAAGGGAGAGGGUGGAAACUCACAGUGGGGAGUGUGGGGAGGGAAGGGAGAGGGUGGAAACUCACAGUGGGGAGUGUGAGAAGGGAAGGGAGAGGGUGGCAAGUCUCAGUGGGGAGUGUGAGGAGGGAAGGGAGAGGGUGGAAACUCACAGUGGGGAGUGUGAGGAGGGAAAGGAGAGGGUGGAAACUCACAGUGGGGAGUGUGAGAAGGGAAGGGAGAGGGUGGAAAGUCUCAGUGGGGAGUGUGAGGAGGGAAGGGAGAGGGUGGAAACUCACAGUGGGGAGUGUGAGGAGGGAAGGGAGAGGGUGGAAGGUCACAGUGGGGAGUGUGAGGAGGGAAGGGAAAGGGUGGAAAGUCACAGUGGGAAGUGUGGGAAGAGAAGGGAGAGAGUGGAAAGUCACAGUGGGGAUUGUGAGGAGGGAAAGGAAAAAGUGGAAUUUUAUGGGGAGUGUGAGGAGGGAAGGGAGAGGGUGGAAAGUCACGAUGGGAAGUGUGGAGAGGGAAGAGAGAGAAAGGAAACUCACAGUGGGGAGUGUGGGGAGGGAAGGGAGAGGGUGGAAAGUAACAGUGGGGAGUGUGGGAAGAGAAGGGAGAGGGUGGAAAGUCACAGUGGGGAGUGUGAGGAGGGAAGAGAGAGGGUGGAAAGUCACGAUGGGAAGUGUGGAGAGGGAAGAGAGAGAAAGGAAACUCACAGUGGGGAGUGUGAGGAGGGAAGGGAGAGGGUGGAAAGUCACAGUGGGGAGUGUGGGGAGGGAAGGGAGAGGGUGGAAAGUCACAGUGGGGAGUGUGGGAAGGGAAGGGAGACAGUGAAAAUUCACAAUGGGGAACAUGGGAAAAGAAGGGAGAGGGUGGAAAUUCACAUUGGGAAGCGUUGGGAGGGAAGGGAGAGGACGAAAAGUCACAAUGGCAAGUGUGGAGCGGGAAGAGAGAGAAAGGAAACUCACAGUGGGGAGUGCGGGAAGGGAGAGGGUGGAAAGUCACAGUGGGGAGUGUGGAGAGGGAAGGGAGAGAGUGGAAACUCACAGUGGGGAGUGUGGGGAGGGAUGGGAGAGGGUGGAAAGUCACAGUGGGGAGUGUGGGGAGUGAAGGGAGAGAGUGGGAAAGUCGCAGUAGAGAGUGUCACUUUUAAGAUGGGCUUUUAUAUGGAUUAUCAAGAAGCCUUGUCUCCUGAUGCUCUUUUUCAUUUGAAACCAACAUAA